AUGUCGCGAUUGCCGCAUGUCUGCGGUCUCUGUUUGCUGCUUAGAUUGUGGCAGUUUUUGGCCUUGGCCCCGUUCCGCACUGGGGGGCCAAUGGGCGCCAGGUGCCAGCGAUGGGUGACCUUGAUGGCGGUCCUCAGAUGGCUCCUGCUCGCAUCAAUGGCCCCCUUUGUGCUGUGGAAGAGCGCCGCCAUGUAUGAGGCCACUAAUGUGCGGCACUCGAGGGUCUUUAAGACAAUAGCUUUGGCCACCAUGACGGGUGAUGUCUGCAUUUCGCUAGCCCUGCUGGCAAACCACCUUUUGAAGCGCCGGCAGUUGGCCAAUUUGGUAAAUGACUUGGCCAGAUUGCAUCGCCGGAGAAGACUGGGCUGGUGGUCCACUUUGUUCCUCUGGCUAAAACUGCUCCUCUCCCUCUACGACCUGCUGUGCAGUGUGCCAUUCCUCACAGGAGCAGGUGCUCGUCUGCCCUGGUCUCAGCUCCUGGCCUAUGGAGUCCAGCUCUACUUUCAACACGUGGCCAGUGUCUAUGGCAACGGAAUCUUCGGCGGAACACUUCUAAUGCUAGAGUGCUACACCCACUUGGAGCGCGAGGAAACCAACCUGGCCGGACUUUUGCGGAGGGAAGACAGAUGGCUGAGACUGGUCCGAAGAUUCGUCAGGGUCUUUCAGCUGGGCAUAUUUCUGCUGGUCCUUGGCAGCUUCGUCAACAUUAUGGUCAAUAUCUACGCAUUUAUGUCCUACUAUGUGUCGCUGCACGGAGUUCCCCUGACCAUAUCCAAUAAUUGCCUUGUCCUGGCAAUCCAACUGUAUGCAGUCAUUUUGGCUGCUCAUCUUUGCCAGGUGAGGUCAGCUGAAUUGCGAACAACAUGCUUGCAACUGGAAUAUGUGCCCGAAGGAUUGAGCCAGGAGCAGGCCAUGGCUUCGACUCCAUUUCCUGUGCUCACGCCCACUGGCAAUGCCAAGUUUCGUAUUUUGGGCGUCUGCAACUUGGACAACUCGUUUUGGCUCUUCUUGGUCUCGUAUGCCAUGAACUUCAUAGUGGUUAUCCUGCAGACCAGCUUCGAGCACAUAAAUCAUGGUGAAAUCUAA